CCUGCCGCCAAGCUCAUCUCUGCUCUAUUUGCACGCAAAAGCCUGAAUUUUUCAAUUGCCCUAUUCGGAACUCUGAACAUAUUUGUUAAAAUAUGGCAAGUUCAACGGGAUAGUGUUGUCGUUGUAUUUUUACGUAAAGUGUUAUCUUUAUUAUUCGUACGUCGUUUAAUAUUCGAUAUUUCAUUCGCAAAUGGUGACUGAACAAAGUCGCCAUUUUGGUGAUACGUUGAGCCCGGACGAGCGGCUGCACCUAUGAUCUUUUUAUUUUUUUCUCUUUACAACGUCGUUAUAUGAUUGAAUUUUCCACCCAACGACGUACUAUUAUAAUCAGUGAUGACACAACAAAAUAAAACAAUGAAUUUUUUGAUACACGACGCUCACGGGCAUCCACAGGUUAUCAAGGUGGUACAGAGCACCCCCAACAAAACUUUGAGCAACAUUGUAGGAACUACAAAUGCCUCGGGUCUCAAAGUUUUUAAAACACCUGGUCAAGAAUCCCAGGUUUUAUCAUCCGGACAACAAGUCCUCAGAACUAUAAGUUUACAGAAUCCCUCGACUCCUGGUCAGAGGCUUGUAACAAUACCUCUGCAGAACGCCAAAGUGUCUGCAGUCAAAACCAGCGAACCUAUGGUUACAAAAACCAUACAACUCACGUCUGCUCAAAUGAGCAACAUAAAACAGGCUAUUGUUUCACAACAACAACAACAGCAACAACAGGCCGCGAGCCAACAAAUAAUCAAAGAUUCUUCUGGCAAAACUUUCAUAAGUCCGAUAUUGGAUCAUAGUGGUACUAGGAAACGUCAGGAUCCAGAAAGCGGCGAUUUUGUGCCUGACAAACGGAGAAAAACGGAAAAAGUAGGCAAAGGUUUGCGACACUUUUCCAUGAAAGUUUGUGAAAAAGUUAAGAACAAAGGUACAACUUCUUACAACGAAGUAGCGGAUGAGCUUGUCGCAGAAUUUAGUGACCCCUCCCACAUAAAUUCCCUGACCGAUCAGCAAUAUGAUCAAAAGAACAUUAGAAGACGAGUUUAUGAUGCUCUCAAUGUGUUAAUGGCAAUGGACAUAAUAUCGAAAGAAAAAAAGGAAAUUCGGUGGUUGGGAUUGCCGAUAAAUUCACUGCAGGAAUGCUCGGUUCUCGAAAAAGACAAAAUGAAAAAAAUCGAAAGAAUCAAGGCGAAAACACAGCAGCUUCAUCAGCUCAUACUCCAACACAUCUCGUUCAAGAAUUUGGUUGAGCGCAAUUGCCUUAACGAAAGCCUUCGAGGAUCGCCAAAACCGAACUCUGCCAUACAGCUACCUUUUCUUAUAGUCAAUACCAGCAAAAAAACAGUUAUAGACUGCAGCAUUUCAAACGACAAAACCGAGUACCUGUUUAACUUUAACGACAAGUUUGAGAUCCAUGACGAUAUCGAAGUUCUUAAACGAAUGGGAUUGGCUUUUGGUCUGGAAAAAGGAGAAUGUACCGAUGAGGAUUUGCAAAAAGCUAAAUCUAUGGUACCGAAAUCUUUGGAGAAAUAUGUCGAACAAUUGGCGUCGGGUGAUUUGGCAAAAUUCAUCCCAGCGACGAUUCCUGGACCAAGCACAUCGAUCGACGACCUGGGAAUAAAGUUGGAAGGUUCAAACUCGCGGCCACCAUCGUCGUCGCGCACCUCUUUAUCAGAGGAUCCUCUAUCACCUCCUUCGCAAUAUUUUUCAGAGGAGGAUGAUGAGGAGGAGGAGAGUGAACAAGAUGAGCAGGGCGAUAGCGAUCUGGAGGUCAACUAGCACGAUUAAUCGACCCUGUGGCUUGAGAAAAUAUGAACAGGGAAAAGAGCGAGAGAGUGAAGCAUAAGACGGAAAUGAGAGAGAGGCAGACAUAGAGGGAGAGAGAGAGAGAGAGAAUGAGUGAGUGAGAAAGCGUAUGAAAGAGAGAGAGAGAGAGAGAGAGAGAGAAAAAGUGGAAUACGAGAUAAGGAGAGAAGCUUGACUCAGGGUUCGCUCGCUAUUUUCAAAAAUCCAAAUUAAUCACGCAACAAGACACGAAUUUACAAACGAAUAGGAGAAAGAGAGAAAAUGCAAAAAACGAAAAGUCGAGUGUCCACCGCGAUAUGUCGUCCGGUGUCUAGACGAUUCCCGAGAUAUGACAUAUACAUAUAUAUAUAUAUAUAUACAUAUAUAUUUUUUUCUGUCCUACUUUUGCUAUUCUCGAUACGAUCUAAAUUACAUUUAUUCGUUCGUUCGGGAGUGAAGAAAAAGAAAAUGGCGCGUUACGAUUUAUAAAUGAGUUUUGUUUCAGGAUAUCAUUGUUGAAAGCAAAUAAAUUAAGAAAUGAAGAUAAGGACUAAAGAAGCAGAAAAAAAACACGAUGAUCGUGCUUUAGCGCGAUAUUGGACGUUGAGAAUUUUUAUAAAUUAGAUACGAGAAGAGUCGUAGAGAACGUUACGAAAGAAUUAGGCGAGGAUUAAUGCAACUAAUGUCCUGACAAGUAUCGAGAAUGUGGAUUUAUUGUAUCGACUGGGGCCAACGGGUUAAAAAAAAAACAAACGAACAAUCGCGCAUAAACACGAAAGAUUUCCGUUCUGCCUUUAUGAUCUGUUAAGCCCCAUCCGGCACUUGGCAUAUCGAGUGAAUUAUUAUUAUUAUUAUUAUUAUUAUUAAUUAUUAUAUAUUUUUUCUUCGAUUUAUUACGAGUGAUUCGACGAGAAUAGAAAUUUAAAAGAAUGAGCAAAGCCCUUGUUAGGCCAGAAGGCUCGUCGCGAUGAAACAAUAAGGAAUUAAAAAUUAAAGAAAAAAAAAUACAAUAAAACAGAAACGAAGAAAGAAAGAAAACGAAACUUAUCCAACAGACGUGUAGAGUGACUGAAACUCGGUGCUAUUUUAAUCGUGCAUCGUCUCACACAGGUUUGUACGCCUAGUAUGUAUGUAUUAUAAAUUAUAAUCUUACUAUUAUUACCUUACAGUACAUGUAUAAAACAAAAAAACGAUAAAAAAAAAACAACUACAAACGAAAAAACGACAAAAAAUAUAACUACUACUCAUUUUCUUAUGGCACGUUUAUAAUGAUAAUUAUAUUCUGUCGUGAAAAGCAGAAACAACACAAUAUUACGAACGCAGAUGUGAUUCACUGGUUCGAUCUGGAACGUAUAAAUAAAUUGUAAUACAUACUAA